UCCUUCUGUCUCUCCCUUCCUCGUUCUUCGGCAGGGACCGCUGCAGGCUCCUGGAUUUACUGCUGGCGGCCGCAGUGAGCACGGGAAGGCGUUAAAGUGCCUAAUGUUCGCUCGCUUCCCUUGACGCCGAGAAGAAAAGGGUCCACCAUGAAGAUUAGGAUGCAAGCCGUCACUCUGGCAGUGACCUUCCUGGUAGCCUUCGUGUCUUCGGCACCUUCCGCAAGACAAGGGCAUGAAAAAUGUGGAUACGAAAGCUGUCCGAAAACGAGACCGGGCAUGUUGAACGUCCACCUGCUGGCCCACACACACAUGGACCUGGGAUGGCUAAAGACAGUUGACCAGUACUUCUAUGGAACUAAGAAUGACGACGCAAACGUUGGCGUACGCUAUAUCUUCGAGAGCGUGCUGGAUGAACUGGAGAAGGACCCGAGCAGGCGAUUCAUCUUCGUUGAGACGGGUUUCUUCAACCUCUGGUGGAAGAGGCUCAGCGACGAUAAGAAGAAGCGAUUCGACGCGCUCGUGCAGUCCGGCCAAAUGGAGUUCAUCAGCGGUGGCUGGGUGAUGAACGACGAGGCCUGUGUAUUCUACACCAACACGAUAGAUCAAAUGACCUACGGCAUACGGAAACUGAAGGACAUCUUCGGCAAAUGCGGCGUGCCCAGGAUAGGAUGGCAGAUUGAUCCGUUCGGUCACUCCAGGGAAUACGCCUCCCUGCUGGCGCAGAUGGGAAUGGACGGAUACUUCUUCGGACGAGUCGACUACCAAGAUUUCCGAGCGCGCAAGAAACAGCAGCAACUAGAGUUUAUUUGGAGCGCCAGUGCGAAUCUCGGAAAGGAUGCUCAAAUAUUCACUGGCAUCCUUCCAAAUGUGUACAGCCCCCCGAAAGGAUUUUGCUUCGACAUCUACUGCUCUGACGACGCCCUAGUGGACGACCCGGAUAGCGAUGAGUACAACGUCAAGAGUAGAGUGGACGACUUCCUCAUCUACGCAAACGAAACGGCAACCUUCUACAAGUCUAACAACAUCCCAGUCACUAUGGGCAAUGACUUCAACUACCAGAGCGCCGGCCAUUGGUUUACCAACUUGGACAAGCUGAUUCACUAUGCAAACCUGAGGUCGGAAGAAACUAAAGUCAACCUGCUGUAUUCGACGCCAUCGUGCUACCUGAAGGCCUUGCACGAGUCGGGCAUCAAGUGGCCCAACAAGACGGACGACUUCUUCCCGUACGCCAGCGAUCCCCACGCCUACUGGACCGGAUACUUCACCAGCCGGCCGGCCUUCAAGUUCCUCGACCGAUACGCCAACAACCAACUACAGGCGUCCAAACAACUGGGUGUCUUGGCUGGUCCCAGGGAAGUCACGGAAGCCUCCCUUGACGUAUUACGCGAAACCUUGGCCGUCGGUCAGCACCACGACGCAAUAACUGGAACCGCCAAGCAGGCCGUUGCCAAUGACUACGUAAAGCACAUUUCUGUCGGUCUCCACGCGAGUGACAAAUAUGCAAACUACGCUUUCGAGAAACUUCUGGGUCUGCACCCGCAGGCGAAGGUGCCAGAACUCGUCCGUUGUCACACUCUGAACAUUAGUGCUUGCGAUGUCACCGAAACGUCUGAAAAGUUUUCCGUCGUGGCGUACAACCCGCAAGCAGCUCCCGUCCACGUCUACCUCAGAGUCCCAGUAGUGGGCGGCAGUUGGCGCGUCCUCGACGGCAAUCUCACGGAGGUGCCUGCGGAGAUCACUAAAAUACCGACGGGUGUGAUAAACCUUCCGGAAAGGUCUAGCAAAGCUGACCGGGAAAUCGUAUUCACUGCUGACCUCGCGGCAUUAGGCUUCACAACGUACUUCAUCGAAUCUGACCACUCGAAGGAGAUGACACUGCGGCAACGUGCGACAAUCCCCGGUACCGAGGAAAUGGUCCUGAAAGGAAAAGUUACGAGCGCAUUCAUCGACUGUGCCAGUGGCCUCCUCAGCGCCAUCUCGUGGAAGGAAACGAAAAUCCGUGUGAACCAGUCCUUCUACUGGUACAUGGGUCACGCUGGUAACAACACCGAGUUCCAGUACCGAGCCUCUGGCGCCUACAUAUUCAGACCACAGCAGCAGGAACCGUUACCGGUGGCGGACAAAGCCGAACUGGUACAUAUUGAGAAAAAUGGCACCAUUGUCCAGGAAGUUCACCAAAAGUUUUCCGACUGGCUGACGCAAGUGAUACGCGUGUACGACGACGCAGAUUUUGUCGAAUUCAUCUGGGUGGUUGGUUCCAUUCCUGUGGCCGAUCAGAAAGGAAAAGAAAUCAUCACGAGGUUCGAUACCGAACUUAAGAAUGGCGGAAUCUUUUACACAGACUCAAAUGGAAGAGAAAUUCUUCAGCGACGCCUCAACUACAGACCAACGUGGCAGGUUAAUAUCAAGGAGCCAGUGGCUGGAAACUAUUACCCCGUCAACAGCAGGAUCUAUAUUGCGGACACCACUGAGAAGGUUCAAUUCACCGUGCUCACCGAUCGAUCUCAGGGAGGCAGCAGCCUGCGAGAAGGCUCAGUGGAACUGAUGGUUCACCGGCGGUUGCUGUUCGACGACGCGUUCGGCGUCGGCGAGGCCCUGAACGAAACUUAUUACCAUGGUCGGGGUCUGGUGGUACGCGGAACGCACCGGGUCACCGUGACUCCUUUCGACCAGGCCGCCCAAGUUCACCGACAGCUGGCAAUUGCGACCUACUCGGCCCCCGCCCUUUACUUUGCGCCUGUCGACAGCAAAACCUACACGUCUGAGUGCAAAACCAACUGCACCGCUCUGAAGAGGCCACUGCCCGGCAACGUGCAACUGCUCACAUUCGAACACUGGAACAAGGGAGACCAGGUGCUGCUGCGGCUGGAGCACUUCUUCGAGAAGAACGACCAAGCGGGAGAAUUCUCCAAGCCGGUCAACUUCAGCUUACAGGCUGCUUUCGUGCGGACGAUAGAAGACAUGACCGAGAUGAACCUGGCUGCCACAGAAACGAGAGAGAAGACCAGGCGUUUCGAGUUCGGGACCGAGGGUGGCCACCAAGCCGAAGGCAUCUUGUCAGGCAACGAAAACGGAUCAACGGAUGUGUAUGGCCCAGAAUACUAUGUGUACCUGACGCCGAUGCAAAUCAGGACGUUCUUGGUGACUUUCUCUAAGGACGACACGAAGCACAUGGUGUGUUCCACCGACUGAACAAGAGCUGCCAUCAACUGACGCAGAUGAAGCUCUCGCCUGCGUGCCUAGUAUUAUUAUUUGAAACGAAAUAAAGUUUCUACAAAAUGCAAGUUAC